GUGGCUCUGCUGCACACAACAAGAUAUUUUAAGAAAGGAGAGGCCAGAGGAAAGCUGCAACUCAGUCCCAAGAGUUUUUUAGAACUUUACAGCGUUAUUACAGCAAUGCAUACAUGGAUGCUGAAAAACAAGACGCUAUUAACGUAUUCUUGGGUCACUUCCAGCCACAACAGGGAAAGCCAGCAUUAUGGGAAUUGGAUUCAGAUCAGCAGCACAAUGUUAGAGGACAUGGUCCUGAUUUGGUUGAUGAGCGUGCUAGGUCAUUCAUUAAAAGGUCACUAUCAGAUGGCAAUCUUCUUUGUGAAAGUGACUCGCUUGUAACAGCUACCAAGGUUGCACAUAAUAAGGCUUUUUCCGAGGAGCAAGGAGUUUGCAAGGGUCUUUCAGAUUCAACUCCAGAGAUCUCCACCUGUGAAAGUGAUAUGUCAUACUCUAGGUAUACUCCCUCAAUGCCUCGCAUGCAACUUUUUAAAGAUAUAGGGGAAGAAUACUAUGAAAGUGAUCCUAUUUGCUAUGAUGAACAUGGGGAUGCAUGUAGUUGCUCAAAUUUUCUUGACUUGGACUGGCUUUCUUCAUCAGGGAAUUCUUGUGAAGGAGAUCCUUUCGAUAGGUCAAUUGCUGGCCUAUCACAUGAUUGUCUUGUGAAUGAACUGAAACGCGAAAUAUCUGCCAGUGAGUCUGGAUCUAGCUCGAAGGUUAGUGUUGAAUAUCUGACACUUACGACAUAGCGGUUCCACGGGAGG